AUGAACAGAAAAAGCAUUGAAUUGGUAUAUGUGAAGAGAGGCCAAGAAGGAGGCAUUCAGAUUGAGAAGCAGCCUAUUCAGGAGAGUGCCGCUGUAGGGCAGCCUGAAGCAGCUCAGAAGUCUUGGAUAAAGCGUAUCGUCGGCUGGUUUCUGAAGAGUCCCACUCAAGAAAGUGCUGAUGGCAAUGCUGAUGAUGAAGAAGCAGGUCUCCAGGAAGUGGAUGUGAACAUCCAUGGAGAGAUACUUGACUUCAAGUACACACGUAUGAAUGUUAUCUGGAACUCUAAUUUGCUCUCCGUAAUAAGCCGUUUAAGUAUUGGGGAGCAGGCCGAAUUCUUCUCUAGUACCAGUUUUUUCCAUACUACGGUGUUUGGAGGUGUUGGAAGACUUGUGUCAGAUCACAAAACGAUCAUGAAAGACGCCCAGGCUAUGGCACAAGGACAACCCUCAGUCUUGGAACUGCAGCCAGAUAGGUUAAUUGAGGAUUAUUCCGAAGUCAGAAAAAAUGUCAAUUCUUUCGUGGAUUGGAAAUUUCCCGAGGAGAAUCUGUGGGGGAAAAGUACCAACGCCGUGAAGGACGAGAUUCUCGCAGAGUUCAACGAAGAUACUCAACUGCUUGUGUACUACCUCGGGCUUGUACCACUCAUGUGGGGAAUGGCUAAAGAGACACAAAGAUUGGAUUUGGGGCUUGGCAAUCAGAAAUUCGGAGUCUUUCUCGCAAUCUUGUGCUUCUCGUUUUUGAUUCCUAUAUUUUUACCCGUUCAGGAAAUAGCAUCAGCAGUGCAAACCGUUGCUUCAACGACAGUAUUUCAAAACUUGAAAUACUUUGCCCAGGACCCCACCUUUCGGGAACACGUUGUUGUUUCAUGGCAGAGUUGGACUUCCAUAGAGAAGUUUCGGGUAUGCUUUGCCUCAGCUUGCACAUUGAUGUUAGGAAUCUGGUUGAUUUUGCUGUUUACCAAACCUGACUCUUGCCGGCGGCUCAACAAUUCGGUCGAUCUGGAGAGACGGGAAGCUUUCGCAGGUCGGAGAAAGAUAAGAAAGACUAUUGGGGACGCUUGGCCAUCCGAUAUCUCAGAGGAAGAUUUCAGGCAGGUCAGAACUGUCAAGAACGGAGAACGCCAAAUUAUGCACUUGAAAGAACUCGGGCCAAAUGAAAAAUCGUUCUUUGAAAAGAGAGCUGAGCAAAAGCAGGUCAACCGCUGCAGAGUCAAGAUACCCAUAGAAUGUAUUAUUCACGAUCUUGGUAUCGUUGCUGAAGUGCGGAAUCGUCAGGCACAACAACACGCAGCAUAA